AAGCAGUCAUUUCUUCAGUAGCUGUGAUGUGGUGUACACCAUGACUCUCCUUCUAAUAUGUGUUGUGUUGGCCACGACCAGCGCCCAGCAUUUACCGACAAAUGGAUAUGGCGGCGAGGUGACGUUCCUUGGUCAUCCAUCAGAAUUGGUUCUUCAUGCUGGCUUGAAGAAUGCCGUUUUAAAACUCAAACAAGACGACCCAGGUUCAAGACAUAGGCCAGGGAUCAGCUAUCACCAGGUAUUUGGUAGCCAUCAAGUAUAUCCGUUGAGCUCCAUCUUACAGCAAACUUCUGUAGGUCUUCUAGGACCCUUUACCGGCCCUAAAUCUGCCUCGAAUAAAGAUAAGCACGAUUCCAAUGCCUUACAGCCGCUGGGCCAUAAGCCAUUGGAAGAACAUGAUUUCCAGCAGGGUUCCAGUGGUCUUCCAAUCACAGUUACAGUUCAGCAAGGUUCAUCUACCUUCCAGAAGGAACUCAGCGGCUCUCAACAAAAAGAUAAUAACUGUCAUCAAGGUUCAGAUGGCCUGACGCAACCAUUCACUAACUCCCAGAGAGGACCAGACGGCUUUCAGCAAAUUUCCAGUAACUUUCAGCAGCCGUUCAUAAACUCGCAUCAAAAAACGAACGUCCAGCAGGGACCUAAUGACUUCCAGCAGCCAAUGAGCAGUUCGCAGCUGGGACAUGAAAACGUCCAGAGUUCCAGCAUCUCCCAACAAGAGAGGGACAAGAUCCAGCAGGGUUUCAAAGAGGCUCAGCAGCAAUUCGCCAGUUCUCAGAAAGGAAGCGAUAACUUCCAGCAGAGUAACACUGGUUCCCAACAGCCGUUCUCCGGCACUCAGCAAGGAGGUGAUUCAUUUCAGCAGGAUCCCAGAAGCUCCCAGGAGCCGAUCACUAGGUCUCAGCAAUAUCGUGAUUCAUUCCAGCAGGAUUCCAGAAGUUCACAGGAGUCGAUCACCAGGUUUCAGCAAGGACGUGAUUUGUUCCGGCAGGAUCUCAGACGUUCCCAGGAGCCGAUCACCCGGUCUCAGCAAGGACAAGAUUCGGUCCAGCAAGAUUUAAAUGGGCUUCAGGAGUUUAAAAGCUCUGAGAAGUUUUAUGAUAGUUCCCAACAAGGUUUAAGAGAUCAACAGCAUUCCGGUGCCCGUCAAGGACCUGUGGAUUUUCAGCAAGUCUCCAGAAUAUCACAAACAGCAGUUACUAGGUCCCAGGAUAGCCUAGACGGAUUCCAAGAAAGCUUCAGUGAUUCUCAACCGAAACUGGUUAGCACCCAGGAACAUUCCGACGGAAUUGAACAAGGACAAACGUCAGGAGUCACUCAAAGCAUCCUCGACAGAAAUCGACAAAGCUUAAACGGAUUCCAGCAAGGCACAGUAGCAUUUCGGGAAGGGCUCGGCGACAUUCAACAGGAAUCUAGCAAAAUAACUGUGAGUGGAAGUGGAUUCCAUUAUGCUGGCAGCAGUUCGAAACCUCAAUUCAGGCUCAGCCAACAAUUUAACAUAAAGCAAGAUUCCACACCCUUUCAGUCACAGACGCAGCUUAGCCAAUACCAGCAGGGCACAAGAACACGGGUCGUUCAAGGUUACCUGGUCUCAUCUGACUUCCCGAGAGAAGGAACUCAUCUGCUACGCUCCAGUGAUGAUCUGGAGCAACUAAAUGGUAUUCUGGAACCACUGAACCUGUCCUCUGGGGCCAGACUCUUGCUGGGAGACAUCACCAGCACCUUCAGCUGCACUGACCAGCCCUACGGUUACUACGCUGAUCAAGAGAACUCCUGCAGAGUCUUCCAUGUAUGCUACCCAGCUCACUUUGCCAGUGGUCGCAUCGAGACUUACCAAUACAGCUUCAUGUGUAAUGACGGGAGCAUGUUCGACCAGAGGGAGAUGACCUGCCUGCAGGAGGGCAGUGCCAUCCCCUGCCACACCUCCUCUCAGUACUACUACAGGAACACUGAACUCGGCCUCCCGCAGGAGAAACAACCUCCCUUGUUUAUCUAACUUUUCAUAAAUAUCUAACAUUAUAUAUA